UAGACAAGGCGAGAUCAUGUGAGAAUCCAUUUUCUUGUCACCAGCUGACAGCUAGUGGUCGAUACUUUGCAAUUUAUUGUUCGUAAUUUUGGAAAAUAUACGAACAAAAUGGGCUGCAAAAUCUGCGGACCUAAGCUGUCGCUAUGCGGGCUUGUAUUGAGCGUGUGGGGAAUCAUACAAUUGACUUUGAUGGGCGUCUUCUAUUAUAUCAGAGCUGUUGCUCUGUUGGAGGAUCUCCCACUUGAGCACUCGCCAGAUGAAAAGGUGGACGAUCCUAUUGAACACUUCAUCGCUUUAGCCGAAAGAGGAUACACUCAGAAUGCCUACAACUGCUGGAUCGCUGCAUUAUUAUAUGUCAUCACUCUUGUGGUGUCUGGACAUCAGUUCUGGAUGAACAACCGCUCUUCAGUUAGUAUGUAAAUGGUAUUGGUGAAUAGUAAUGUUGUUAUCUUACUGUUGAAUAAUUCCAUUCCAUUAUUAUUUAAACUUUUUCUCUAUAGAAAAAAGUAUUGAGAUGUGCUUUAACAAAUCUAUGAGUCUAUGAAGAGUUAUAUACUAUCAGAGCAGUCGUAAAAUUCAUUUAUGUAUUACAUAGGUCUUCUAUUUAUUGUAAAACUCCAUUUUGUGUUGUAAUAGUUAAUACCUUGUUACCGUAUGUGUGAAUUAUAAGCUAAAUGCUAAGCAUGAAAUGUCAUCACUGAGCUUAAUUUUAUGUUAUGUAAAAAUACAGAUGGGUGAAGAGAAUAAAACCACUUGAAUUUAAAUCUAGAUACUAGGCUUGAUAAUGUGAAUACUGGCCAUUGAAAUUGUGUUACAAAAUUUAUUAUGCUUAAGUGUUCAAUUCCUGUGAAUGAAUUCUAUAUUGUACAUAAUAUAUCUCUUAUUGUAGGUACACUGUAAAAUGCUUAGAAUUUCUUGAAGUAAAAGUAUUAAUAUUUA